CACGAUUCUCUUCUCCCCAGUCCAGUCUCCGGUGCCAGAUCGUGCGUGCGUGCGCGCGUGCGUGCAUAUAAGCCGCGGCCACUCCGUUCCCCGGCUCGUAAGCUAAGCUAGCACAGUACUGUGGCGACAUGGCAAGGCUCCUCCUCCUCGCCGCCGACCACGCCGCCGGAGCGCCGGGGGCGGCGAGUCUCGUCCUCGUCCUCGUCGUGGUGCUCGUCGUCGCGGCGGUCGUCGUGUCGCUCUGCACCAGCAGCACGCACGCGAAGCUGUGGGGGCGGCAGCGCGGGUCCUCCUCGUCCGCGCCGUUGCCGAAAUCGGACAGCAGCGUCGGCGCGAGCAACCGGAGGCGCCUGCUGUCGGCCACGCUGAGCGGGAUCGGCGGUAAGGCGGCCAGGAUGGUGUCGUGGAACAGGCGCUCUCCGGCGCCGGGCGGCAGCAGCGACGACGAGGAGGCGGUGGCCGAUCUGGGGCUGGACGACGACGACGAGGCCGUGUGGCGGAAGGCCAUCAUCAUGGGGGACAAGUGCCGGCCGCUCCAGUUCUCCGGGCACAUCGCCUUCGACUCCGACGGCAACCAGCUGCCCCCGCCGCCGCCGGCGGCAAUCAAGAAAGCCGGCCCCGACGUCCACGCCGAGAAUUAAAAUUAACAUCUCGAGUUCUCGAUCACCCGUGGACGGACGUUCGCGUCAACUAAUCAAGUCAACCGAGUCGCGGUUUCUUCUUCUCGAUUUUUGGUGUACUCGUAUGCACGUACGUGAGUGAGUUGUACAUAAAGUGUGUCAUGUGCCCUUCAUUUUGGAACAAAGUUUACGUGGCUGUGCAAAUAAUAUAAACACGAGCCGAUAAGAGGCUGUCGUUCGUCA